AUGCAAUGUAAGCUGAGUAACUUGAAUAGACAGACAUACAUUUAUCAAAACAUUCCCCAAAACAUUCGUGCCGUGAAAGUAAAAGACAAAACCGUCGGUGCCGCCUCUAUGGUUUCGGUCGGCAGAAGGUUCGUGUUUUUUCGUAAUUUCACUUCAGCAACAUCGUCAAAGCAUGAUUUAAGUGACGGUAUAAAUACGGUGUCGAGUGUUUACGGUGAGCAUACGCUCCUGCUGUUCGAGUCAAACAUCUUCUACCGUACCAUGAAAAAUUUCACGGGAUUGAUCUUAUUGGCCAUUGCGCUCUGUCCUGGAGUGUUUUGUGAUGACUCUGUCGGCUACUACUCCUACAAGAGCUUCGUUGAUGCCGAGGCAGAGUGCGCCCUGUACCUACAAGUUCCAGAAGAUCGGCUUCAGCGCUACCAACGCGAGGGCUACCCCGAUGAACCAGAGGUGCAUUGCUUGGUGCUCUGUCUUUUGGAGAAUCUACGCGCUUGGACCAACUCCAGUGGUCUGAACGAACAGGUUCUCGCCACCUACUUCGUUCCAGCGGCCGAGGACUGCGACAACGGCAAGAGAACGGAAAAGUGUCUUUUCUACCUACCCAAAGAGUGCGACGGUAACCGGUGUCUCCAGGCGUACCGCGCUUUCCAGUGCUACUACCAAAACUAUGGCACGUUAACUCACUGCCCGCAGUUCAACAUCGAUUACUUCGACGAAGACGUUCAGGAAGCCCUGGACCUGUUCGACAUGUUGGACGUUUCGGAAGAGACACGUCGCAAGCUGGCCGGAGGAUGCUUCCCUAAUGGUCCCGAAUCGGAAUGCUUCUUCCGUGCUUUCCUUCUUCGCGCUGACCUGUACGACGAUACCAAUGGACCCAACCUGCGCAACUUAUACACCCAGUUCAACGAGGAUGCUUUCAAGAAGGGCAAUGCGGUCACUUUGGCCUGCCUAGAAAACCUGAAAAAGUUGUCUUGUAACAAGAGCAAAUGUUCACAGGCUACCGAGGUGUGGACUCAAUGCUUCGCCAACACCAACGCCUAUGCGCAGUUUGUUCGGGUUUUCAAGUACGCUGCCAUGCAGUACUGA